UGUCUUAGUAGCGGCCAAGACAGUGCAUCGACACCUCGAAAGUUUCCUUCGUGUCUGUUUACAGGCCUUUUAGACUUCCUUAUCAUUCAGACAAAGUUCACCAAAUCGUUGUGACUUGAGACAAGAGUUUGACCAGAAGAUGGACAGUAUAGACACCAGGAGGUUAAAUGACAGCAACACCAAUGAUCGUGAAUUUUCAGGGUGUGCUGUACUCUUCCUGGGGUGUAGCAGUCCAGAACACAACCUUCUAUCACUUUACAAAAACGAACAAGGGAAAUUCAGUGUGUUCAAGGUUAUUAAACUCACCCUUACAGAUUCUGUCGGUGGACUGGAGGGGUACGAAAUCCUAAAACUGCACGAUGCUGAUCCCUUUCUUGGGGUGGAACUUAAAUUCAUGUCCGUGCCUCCCUGUCAGCGAUUCCUGGAGAGCUAUGCAUGUGGUUCACUCGCUCAGUUUCUGUCCCAGCAUGCCUCACGUCUUCUUACUCUUCUUGAUGGGGUUGUCAUGGAAACACAGCUCAAGGCAGGCAUAUAUACACUGGACCGAAACCUUCAAGACCUAGAGAUCUGUCUGGAUCACAUACGCCAAUCACAGGCUGUGCGUUUGCGAGAUGAUGAGGUCACACAGUUGGAGCAGCAGCUGCAGAACAGCUACGGUCCUCCCAGUCAACCAACGCAGGAGCUCCCCAGGAACUGCUUUCUGUUUCAGAAAAGAGUUUUCGAUGAUAGACCUUUGACUUCAGCAGACCAGCAACGGUUUGCUGCUCAUGUGGGACGGGAUUGGAAACGAGUGGGGCGGGCUUUACAAAAGAACUGCCGUGCCUUAAAAGGCCCUGCAAUCGACAAUCUGGCUUAUGAGUAUGAGAGGGAAGGGCUUUAUGAACAGGCCUAUCAACUGCUUGGACGUUUCAUCCAGUCAGAGGGCAGGAGUGCCAAACUGAGCCGUCUUAUCAGUGCACUAGAGGAGACCAAAUUGACCAGCAUGGGAGAGAUCAUGUUGGGUAUUCAGCCACGAGAUUAAGAUUGUAAGAGAAUGAAUGAAUGAAUGGUGUGUGUGUGUGUGUGUUGUUUUUGUACGUGUGACUGUUAUCAAGACAUAUAGCUACAUUUGAAGAGUGUGUGCUCUCAUUUAUGUGAAUUUUUUUCAUCAUGACCUUUAUAAUUUCUAUCUGUUUCCUACUUGAAAUUCUUUCACAAUCAACUGUCAUCUGCCCAAAAUGAAAAGCAUUUUAAAUAAAGGGUUUUUCAUGCAAAUUUCA